UAUUACACCUUUAAUUUUCCUUCAUUUUUAGUUUGAUGUAAAUUGUUUCUCUUGAGAAUGGAAAGAGGAAAAGAAAAUGAAGGACAAACAAAAGGGGAAGAUAACAAAUCAUUGGUGUCAUCCGUUGUACUUCACGAGGACAAUGUUAAUCUUAUAGAUUUCAUAGAGAGGUUAAGUAAUGGGUGUGUUCUAACUUCUCUUGACAUAGAUCAAAUUGAAGAUUUGACAUUGGAGCUGACGUUUGUGUCCGCAUUUUGUCAUCUUUAUUACUCUUUCUUUUCGGAAGGUUGUAAUGACGAAAUGUCUUGCAUAUCAAAUGAUAUUCAUGAUCUGGUUCAGUCACUUUUGCAUCUACAUGGAGAAGACAUGCUCGUUAAUAUGAAUUAUCAUGACCUCUUUGAGAAUAUCAAAAGUUAUAUUAGCUAUGCUGAACCAAGUCGUGUAACCACGACCGAGGAUCGUUUGGUUGAACUUUUGGAUGCCAUCCUCAUGUAUCUCCAAUAUCUACCCAAGUUGUGUUCUGAGUUUAUUUUUACAUCAAUGACUCAAUAUGAGCUUCUUCAGAAUGUAUUUGGCAAUUUACGAGAUUUCCAUAGGUUGAAAGUAAAUGGUUGCGUUGAGUAUGAGACAAUCGAAUAUGUCAUACCCCAUCUUCAACUUAUGGCUCAGAGAGUUGUAAACUUCUGUUUUACUCUUUUGUAUUGUCAACUUGACGAAUUAGAUGAAUCAGAUGUCUCUCGAGUUAACUCCAAGCUAGCUAAUCUACUUGUGGAGGUUAUUCCUGUUGAACUGGAGGUUAUGCACAUAUGUUGUACAAAUUUGAAAGGUUCAAAGUCGGAAGAAGUUGGACGUUUCAUCAAUCAGCUUGUAGAAGCCUCUCCGGACAUUCUUAGAGAAUCUCUGAUUCAUCUACAAGAGCACAUGGUUAAUUCAGCCAUCAAUCAGGUUAUAAACAAAGCCAAUUAG